UGGAGGAGAGGAAACAUGGCGGCGGAAGAACCUAAAAGGAAAAUACCACUGGUCCCAGAAAACCUGCUUAAGAAAAGAAAGGCCUAUCAGGCAAUCAAAGCUACCCAGGCAAAGCAGGCUUUGCUGGAUAAGAGAAAGAAUCGGAAAGGCAAACCGAUAAAAUUCAAACGCCUUGAGGCGUUUGUUCGUGACUCUCAUCGGAAACGUAGAGACGAUGUCCGUCUGAGGCGCAUGGAGCACAGACCUGGACUGAUGCUACUGCCCGAGGGACACAAGCUGGCAUUUGCUGUACGGAUUGCUGAAGUUAAAGGGGUGAGUCUACAGGUUUUGCGCGUCAUACAGAGGCUGCGGUUGAGAAAGAUUUACAGUGGCACGUUUGUCAAGCUGUCGCCAGCGUCACUGAAAAUGCUGCGGAUUGUGGAGCCUUAUGUGGCAUGGGGGUACCCUAACCUGAAAUCUAUUCGAGAGCUGAUCCUGAAACGAGGCCAUGCCAAAGUCAACAACAAGAAGCUUGCUCUUACAGACAAUGUUCUGAUUGAAAAGCAUCUGGGAAAUCAUGGUAUCAUUUGUCUGGAAGAUCUUAUACAUGAAAUUUACUUAGCUGGGAAACAUUUUCACGAAAUCAAUAAAUUUUUGUGGCCGUUCCACCUGUCAGUGGCUCGUUAUGCUGCCCGUAAUAAAAUGGGGUUCCGCAAGGAAAUUGGUGAUCCUGGAUUUCGAGGCGAUGGGAUCAACCAGCUCAUACGACAUUUGAACUAGACC